GCUGCCGACGCUCGGAUACCAUGCGUCGCCGAAGGGACUCGGGGAUACCUCCGCUGGGCUGGAUUGCGCUCCUAGUGGGCUGCGCCUCUUCAGCCACUGCUUCGCUCGGUUCAGCAAGCGCGCGGAGAAUUUUGCAGCCUGGAGCGCAAGAGCCGGCCUCGAAUGUGGCACACGUGACGGCGCUGGCGGGCGGCGAGGCACUGCUGCCGUGCGACCUGUCCCCUGACAACGACUCGGUGGCGCUGGUGUUGUGGUACAAGGACGCGCUGCCCACGCCCGUCUACUCGGUGGACGCCCGGCGUGGGGACGUGUCGCAGGCGCGACACUCGUCCAUCGCCUGGGGCACGCGCGCCUACUUCGUCACCCAGCCGACACCCGGGCUGAGGCUGCAGGACCUCGCGGUGACGGAUUCGGGCGUGUACAGGUGCCGCGUCGACUUCCGAAAGGACCGCACGCGCAAUCCACGAGACGUCGCUGCUUGUCAUCGAACCACCAGGGACCCCGGUGAUAAGGGAGGCCGUUGGAGACCGGGAGCCUCUUCGAAGUCUCAUCGGUCCGUACAACGAAGGAGACAGCCUGGCACUCGUGUGCGACGUCGAGGGUGGGGUCCCGAGCCCAGCGUCACCUGGUGGAGAGAGAGCGUGCCACUGGAGAGCGUACUCACUGAACAUCGGCCGGGCGUUCGCCGCAGUGCGCUCGGGCCGUUCGUACUGCGGCGUCAGGAUCUGAUGGCCGUGCUAGUGUGUCAGGCCUCGAACUCCAACCUUACGUCACCACUGACAACAUCUGUGACGCUUGACAUGAAUUUCCGACCGCUAGAGGUGAGCGUGGAAGCGGUGAGCCCCACGUUGGAAGCCGGCAAAACCGGCUGGCUUUCGUGCCGCGCCGUCGCUCGCGCCCUCGAUCGCGCAUCACGUGGUUACUGGGCGAUCAGGUGCUCACCGGUGCGCGACAGAACGAGUCUCUGGACGGCAACGCUACAGGUCCUCUUUCCACCGAAGCUGACGCUGCGGCUCGCGUCAAGCCUGCGACGCUCACAGUUGCGCGAGGGUCAGGACGUGUACUUGGAAUGUGUUGUCGAGGCGAACCCUCCGGUCUCCGACGUCAGUUGGUGGUUCGGCGACCGCGAGCUCUUCACGGACUCCACGGGAGGCGUCCUCGUCAAUAACCGGUCGCUGGUGCUCCAGAAGGUGCGCCUGGACGCGAGAGGGCCCUACAGUUGCAGCGCGGCGAAUUCUCAAGGGCAGGGAUCCAGCAGCACACUGUUUCUGAACUUCCAGUGGGUUCCCGAGCCCAGCGUCACCUGGUGGAGAGAGAGCGUGCCACUGGAGAGCGUACUCACUGAACAUCGGCCGGGCGUUCGCCGCAGUGCGCUCGGGCCGUUCGUACUGCGGCGGCAGGAUCUGAUGGCCGUGCUAGUGUGUCAGGCCUCGAACUCCAACCUUACGUCACCACUGACAACAUCUGUGACGCUUGACAUGAAUUUUCGACCGCUAGAGGUGAGCGUGGAAGCGGUGAGCCCCACGUUGGAAGCCGGGAAAACCGGCUGGCUUUCGUGCCGCGCCGUCGGCUCGCGCCCUCGAUCGCGCAUCACGUGGUUACUGGGCGAUCAGGUGCUCACCGGUGCGCGACAGAACGAAUCUCUGGACGGCAACGUGACACUGUCUUGGCUCGCACUGCGCCCCACUGCACGGCACCACGGUCGCAUGCUUCGAUGCCGUGCAGACAACGACCUCAUCCCCGGCUCUGACAUCUUCGCUGAGUUCAGGCUACAGGUCCUCUUUCCGCCGAAGCUGACGCUACGGCUCGCGUCAAGCCUGCGACGCUCACAGUUGCGCGAGGGUCAGGACGUGUACUUGGAAUGCAUUGUCGAGGCGAACCCUCCGGUCUCCGACGUCAGCUGGUGGUUCGGCGACCGCGAGCUCUUCACGGACUCCACGGGAGGCAUCCUCGUGAACAACCGGUCGCUGGUGCUCCAGAAGGUGCGCCUCAACGCAAGAGGGCCGUACAGUUGCAGCGCGGCGAAUUCUCAAGGGCAGGGAUCCAGCAGCACGCUGUUUCUGAACUUCCAGUAUGCACCUGUUUGUCGCCGAGGGCAGCCGCAAGUGUACGGCGCGGCAUCCAACCAGCCAGUGCGGGUCAACUGCGAGGUGCAGUCAGAGCCGGCCCCGACGUCCUUCCACUGGCGACUGGGCAACGAGUCGCUGACAAACUUCACCAGCUUCGGUCACACGAGUCACGUGACCUUGGUGCCCCGCCGCGUGCCCCAGGAUCUCGGAAAACGGCUGCUCUGCUGGGCGACGAACGACGUCGGCACGCAGCGGGAGCCGUGCGCCUUCAGCCUGGUGCCUGCGAGGGACCCGGAUCCCCCGCGCAACUGCAGCCUCCAGAACCGAACUGCCAGUGCGUUUGCCGUAGAGUGCGAACCGGGCGACGACGGAGGAAUGCCGCCUGUGUAUGUGCUUCAGGUUCUUGACCAGUUCAACAGGAGCGUGCUCCACGUGAAUGCCACAGAUCGUCCAGCCUGGACUGUGAGCGGCUUGAGUAGCGGCGCUCGCCUGUCUCUCGUGCUGUACGCCGUUACAUCAAAGGGUCGCAGUGCGCUGACAUUGCUUCGCGCCAAGACACUGGCCGGUUCUCAGUCUCUCACCGAGCCGUUGUGGCCCGGCAGCCUCAGCCCGAUUCUCGUGGCGCUCAUCGCUUGCGCCGUUGGACUGGUGGCCAUCGCAUUCCUUGUGACGCUUCUGCUUCGCUACCGCAGCGCUAAGGAGCGACACAAACCGGAACCGAUCAAGGGAGACGAUGAAUUACAAAUAGCCCCUCUCCACCAAUACCCCGACGGCGUGUUGAAACUCCGCAGCCCUCAGAGCGAAGAAAAGUGCCCGGAUGUUGUCCUAGACGUAAGUGGCAGUGAGGAGAGGCUGAAGGAAGAAGAGGAUCGCCCGUCCGAAGCGGUGCGGUGGAAAGGCUGGACAGAAGCUGAUGCUGAACACGAUAAAUCGACGCUCGGACGACCGCCACCGCAGGAAUACCAGUCCAAGAAUGCAGGGCACACUCGAGCCGUGCUCAACGAGUCGGUGUCCACUUUGGUCUCUACGCCUGUGGCCGUUCCUGCCGUCGCCGUGCCGUCCGCCUUGUGCACCGAGGCAAACGUGGAUGACGUGUCGGAAUGCGUGGUGGUUCCGCCUCCGCUCAAGUAUCGUCAGACAAUUGUGUGAAAAGUGACCAGGGACGAUGCUCGCCCGGUACUAUGCGGACAUCGUACGUGGUGCCGCUAUUGUCAGUGACGUGUUCUUCUGGACUGAACAAGUGACAAACUGGAUCGAAGCCGGAAAUGUGCCAUAGUGGAAGGACAGAAAGUGACACUGAGGGACAACACGACGACGAACACUUCGUGUUAUCCUCACUUUCCGAACAGUGCUACAAUGUGUGUAGGAAGAUGAACUGAUCUCUUUAUCGCUAUCCGUUGCUCCUCCUUACGCUGCCGGUCUUAACUGUGGUCGCAGUUUUGUGAAGUGUGGCCCUCUUUGCAGAUUAUCUUUUCCUGGACUCAAGUGGCAGUCGACGAAGUGAAACAUGUCAGAAGAUUUCGGCAGAAGUAGUCGACGAAACCGUGUUAACCAUGCUAGAAUCACACGUAGUGUUUCAUUUGUGUCAUCCACACUGGAAGCAAGUCGGACACUGAAUUCUUAAUGCAGAAUGAAGAGAAUACCGACCUUUUCCCACUUGCUGCGCAGAAGGUUAGCAGGUAACAUAUAAUUUCAUGCAAGCAUUACCGAAGAACUACUUUAUGGACGAAUACUAGACAUUUGCCAAGUUGACCAGCACGAAAGACAAGGCGAAAGACACAUGUACAAAAAGGACCAGUGUGUCUCGUUUUUUCGUACUGGUUAACUUCGCAAAUGUCGCACCACCUUGCCCAUACAAAAGCACUCCUAAGAAUACUAGACAUUACUAGGCAGUACUAAACAAGAACUAUAUUCAGUUCGUUCCUAUUACGGCGGCAGAAGUUCAUUUCGUUGUGUAUGGUUUUACUACGAGGAGAAAAAUGGUUUGCUUAGCCUAACCUCUGGAUGUCCUCGUAUAGGUGGUUAGUAAUCACCAAGUUUGUGAGACUGUUACGUAAAUAAUUUUGUUAGCUGAACUGACUGAAGACAUCAGUUAUUCGCACGUGUAAACGGUACAGUUAUCCGCACGUGUUAACGGCUAAAAUGAGGCAAAAGUUAGACGACAGCACCGGCAAGACGUCAGCACCAGCAAUGCAAAAGUUCACGUAGUAUUUCAUAUCCGAAAUCAAAGAAGCGAUUGUCAUAAGAAUUGGAUAUAGAGAAGAAGGAUGAAAGAAUUGGAUAUACAACACAAAUUUAGUACAUCGUCUACGCAGACUAAAAAUUUGCAAGAACGCUUCGAGAUUGUUUAAAUCUUAUACAUAUCAUUCUACUGCUUGUUAUUGCAAAGGGUAACAGCCAGGCUGGGAAUUACUACGUCCAUAAGCUAACACGACGCCAUUUGAAUAUUUGCAGUGGGCCUGAUGGCCACGCAUUAGAAGGCGUUAGUGGGAAAUACGUGUUUUUGAAGUUACGCUUGCGAGGGGGGCAGGCUUUCUCAAUUGACCUCCUCAAUGUGGCUUAAACGCAACCCAACGUGCACGGAUUCCGUACUCUAGUUCUGUACUUUUCCGUAAAGUACUCUAAGUGCUCCUUCACUCUGUGGAAAUAUGAUAAGAGCUGCAAUUUUACACUCUUAUUUAGGUCCAGCUUAAAGUGCUAGAUAUAACCAGGAAACCAAACAUUUUUCAUCUGGUUUCCUGGAUAUAGCCAGCAAUUAACCACGACCUGACUAAAAAUGUACGCAAGGUGUUUCAUUUAAAACAAAACAUGUGCGAGAUGAUAAAAUAUACUUUGUUUUAUGACAGCCUCAUUGCAACGAUGAAAAUUAUG